UCUCAAUUAUCAUGAACUUUGGACAGCUGCAAGCCCGAUAUAAUUAAAGCAAAACAGGACGACACGUUUUUCAUUUAGUAAAAAAAUUCAAUUUUAAAAAUUGGAGUUAUGACUUCAUCCAAUUAUGGCAGCCUUCGGAAUGUUCAUAAUCCAGUUAUUUCCAAUGUAGUUCUCAAACAUUGCUUAAACUCCCAGCCUCCUUAAGAGAGAAAUUUAUUAUCCUUUUUCAGUGUCUACAGAAAGGAAUUCUGGUGAACCAACACAAGAAACCGCUGGUCAACCAACACAAGAAACCGCGAUCUCCAAUGAAAGGAUGAUCUACAUCGUAUCUGGUAUCGCCUUCAUUCUGUUCCUGGUGCUAUGUUUUGUUCUAGGUUUCUGGUGCCACAGACAGUCUCGUCACAAGCGAAUCAAAAGAUCAGUUCGUUCAGCUCGCGAAAUUAUCCCACUUGACAAGUGGGAACUUCUCCCCGAAGAAAUAAAAUACGAGGAGGAGCUGGGUCGAGGAGCGUUUGGUGUGGUUUACAAAGCAACUCUAAAGAGACGAGUUGGAAUUGAAGUGUUUGAUACUGAAAAAACACUGAAGCCCGAGGAGCCAUGCCAGGUGGUUGCUGUUAAAGAACUGCAAGGUAAUUGCAAUCAUCAGGCAAAAUCAUGUACAAAAGGGCGAAUCAAGUUACACAACUUGCUAAUUGGUUAGUUCCAGUGUCUUUAAAAUACACUUGAAAGAGAUUUAAAUUCUCGCUGGUAUGCAAAAUACUUAAAGGAGUUCAGUCACGGUAUUUUGAGUUAUUUUGGCCACAUACAAAAUUACCUUU